AUGUUUCGAGUCGAGCUGCCGCUAUCAGCCCUCAUCGGCGACAUCUCGCUAAUCCAAAGAGAGCUGGGUAGCCCUCUCUGUGCCACUGCCACUGUCGUUGGUACAUCCUCUGUCGGCUUGGCCUUUGGACGAGAGGCCCCCUUCGACUCGUCGCACCUCAAUAAGAAGAAGGCGACACCGGCAUUCGAGCCGGGUCUUAACCCAAUGUCUACUGCUGCCAUGACCACGACUGCGCCUUCCUACAGUGCCCCCAUACCCGUCGCCCCUUCCUCGCGCAUGUCAUUUGCGAGUCGACUCAGCCAGGAAGGCCGUUCCCAGUUGCGAAUCGUAAGGAGGAAGACGAGCGACGAUGCGGCGCUGCAAUUGCCGAGCAGCGCAAACAACUACCCUUCGAGCGAGCAGAGUGUGUCUGACGUGGACACGACAAGAUACGUGCCUACGCGACGAGCCUCGUGGAUCAAGCGCCUCUCGUCUAUUUCCAACUCAUCGAGCCGGGCUACGAGCCCAUCUCCACUGUCACCAGCCGUCUCGUGUUCCAAUGGCUCAAUGGCCUUCUCGCACGACGGCUCGACCGUGCCCGUAAUCGACAAACGCUCUACGUCAGCAGUACCGCGCAACAAGCUGGUCAAGCGCGCCUCGUCAGUGCGCGGGCCCCGUGAAGCGCCUGUCUUGGGCUCUGCGACUCUCCGACCGUCCUUCCGUCGUCCAGCGACCAGCCACCAACGCAACGCAACACUGCAAAACUACGGCGCGCGCCUAUCCAUGACGGCCGAACACACUUCAACAGACGAACAACAGACCUCAGCGAGCACCGACAGUGAGGUCGAAUACACACAGUUUUUCACAGCGAGGAUCACCAAGGAACGGACACUGGCGAGGCGGCGUGGUUCAGUGGCAUAUGCAAAUGGGUUCAAGAGGAUAUUUCCAGACGAGAAGCACAAGCCUAUGCUCGUGCUCGCAAGAUCGGUCGUAGCAGGCGUAGAGGAUAUGGACGACUCGACAAGCGACGAUGCCGAAAGCGUCUUCUUCGUGAGUCGACCAGAGACGCCACUUAGCAUGGCGGCCACGUUUGCUACCAAAGUAACAAACCAAACUCGCGGUCGGCCCUCCACAUCACAACCCGAGAAUGCCCCCAGACCUAAACGCUCCUUCUCCAUCACCUCCUUCCUCUCAUCCAGGAAGGAGCGAACUGUCGCAGUGCCCGGACCCAAACUUUCCCGCCGUGCAACCCAGCGGGUCAACUCAGCACCGAUUCUGCCUACUAUGAGCAGACGGCCACACAGCACCUCAUAUGGAGAAAGUCGACGAGAUGUGACAGACCCAACACCAGCAAGACGCGACAUCGCCACGUCCGCUGGGCCCACUGACACAGCACCUGCCCGCAAUGUUUCUCGGAGCAGGCCUGUCUCGUCGCCCUUGUUCCCUACCUUCCCCUCGACUGAUCCCGUUGCUGGCGCGGCCUUGGCGUCAAUGCCCCAGCAGCCCGAUGUUUUGGCCUCAGCCGCACCGGGCGCCAAUCAAGCGCCACCAUCCCCUACUCUAGCGCAAUCGGGAGUUCGGGCCUCGCGUCAUUCCAUGGCCCCCUCAGAACAGGCCUCGACAUUGGUCGGCUCGUCUGAUAAUGAACUUCGCGCCUUAGGGUCCGGCGACGAGGACGACGCUGACGUCCAGAGCGAGACCGUCUUUGAUUCGCUGCGCACGGGUGCGACCAGAGGCUCAACCGUCGGCGCGCGUGGGCCUCGCAUUGAGACUAUAUUCGACGAGUCGCCCCCCUCCAAGGUCAAGAUUACAGCCCUACGAGAUCUACUGCCGCCCGGAUCGUUUGGAGAACCAAUGGUCAAUGGUGUCGCCGGCCACCAGAGCAUCGCCGAGGAAGAGGAGAGCAUAUCGACUCCCGUGCGGACAGUGCGCCCCCAACGCUCCUUGCAGGACUCGCCCAGUGUCACUCGAACACACAGUGCGCCGCUCUUCCCCAAGGCGAUACCGUCGUCUUCCCCGAGCAUGCCCAAGCCGCUUUCGCUUGGCACGCUGGAAUGGGACUCGCGCGCAGGAGACGACGACGACAGUAUCAACCACAAGGCCAACCCUGUGGCUCUUUUGCGACAGCACACGCAUCUACUCGCACCGGGC